AUGUGGUCUUCAUCAGCUACAGCCUUGACGGCUUUCUUUCUUCUUUCAGACUCUGUUUCAGCGAUAACAACAACAAUUACACAAACUACAGAAGUAGUAUAUACUACUAUACAACCAGCUCCGCAGACCAAAGUGGUCUACACUACAAUUCAAGCCUUUCAAGAGAGUGAGGAUGGAAAAGUUUACCUUCCGGCUCCACCCAAGCCGGUAAGCGCAGCUGCCAUUUCCAGCAAAGCUCCGAGCAUCAGUACCACAAUCCCAUCUGGUAUCUUCUUUUCCGGAUACGCAAGUGGGAGUGGACUGCCAACAGGCUCGGGUUUACACUUUGGAACUGGUACUGGCGGUAUCAGACCAACAGGAGGGAUCCCCAAAAACAAUACAUACAGCACAGUGACUGUCAGACGUACACGAACAGCUUCUGGCCAGUCAUCUGCUUCAAAAUCUUCAACUCCAAAUACCCUCUCUGCAGUAAUUCGUCCUGCAAGCAGCAGUAAACCUACUUCGGUUGCCUCUUUAUCAAAGUCGUUCUCUGCCUCAGCAACGAAAGCAUCCUCGACUGUAGCCCCCAAACCGGCAAGCACAGGCAUUCCAUUCCUUCGCGGGGUCAACCUGGGAGGCUGGCUCGUCCUUGAGAAAUGGAUGAAUAACGAAGCAUUCUCCGAGGCCUUUUCUUCUGCAUCAGAUCAGUUCACAUUCGACCAACUUCCAGGUGCAGCUGCAGCUCUUGAGCAACAUUGGUCAACCUUCUUCACUGAAGACGAUAUCAAAACUAUCGCAGCAACUGGCAUCAACGCGCUUAGAAUCCCAAUUGGGUUUUGGGCUUAUGACAAUACCAACACCAAAUACCUCAAAGGUGCCGACGUAUACCUCGAGAAAGCCAUAGGGUGGGCUAGAACUGCUGGUCUCAAAGUCUGGGUAGAUUGCCACGGUUCCCCUGGAUCCCAAAAUGGGUUCGACAAUUCUGGAAAAGCUGGCGCUGUAGAUUGGCAACAAUCUCAGAACCUCGACGCCUCCAUCUCUGUCCUCAAAACCAUGGCAACAAAAUAUGGAUCCAACAAAUAUGCCGAUGUUGUGGUGGGUCUGCAGAUGGUCAACGAGCCCGUCUCCUGGGGAAACAACAAGAUUGAAACCACCCAAUCUUGGACCGAAAAGGCAUACAACGCCGUCCGAGCCGUCACAGAAAACAAAAACAUGAUGAUUGCCAUGCACGACGGUUUCGUUGGCGCAGGAAAAUGGACCGACCUCGCUACCAAGAUCAUCGGUUCCGGCUCCAAGACCGCAUUUGGAGUCGACACUCAUCUCUACCAGGUCUUCAACGCAGAAGACAAAGUUCUCACUCAAUCCCAACACAUCACCAAAGCCUGCUCCUGGUCCAACGACCUCAAGAACGCCAACAAGGUCAUGCCAACCUUCGUCGGCGAAUGGAGUCCCGCAACAGAUAUCUGCGUCAAUCCAGACGGAUCAACAACAGCUGGUACCUCCUGCUCUGCGAAGGGAUGUCAAUGUCAGUCUGGAGACUUUGACAAGUGGAAUGACAAGAUGAUCGUGCAGGUGCGAAGGUUCACGGAGGCGCAGUUGGAUGUCUUUGAGAGCAGUUCCAGCGGGUACUUCAUGUGGGCUGCCAAGGGACCCGGUGGAUGGGGGUUCUUGAAUGGUAUUAAGAAGGGUGUUAUACCUAACCCGGUUACCGAUCGUAAGUACCCUGGCCAAUGUGGUGGCAAGAUGAGACGUGAGGUGAGAGGGAACCUGGGGAGAGAAGCGGAGGCUUGGUAA